CCAAAUGGCGAAGGAGUUAAGAAAAUAAUUAUAUUAAGUCAGCUUAAACAAAUUAAUCACGUUGAAACCAUCAAGCAUGCGACUUGAGAUACAAAGAAAUUAAAGAAGACGUGUAAGAUUUUGAUCACAAAAUUUCUGAAAAAUCAAAGCGAUCGACAGUUGGAACAGCGAGCGAGCGAGAGAGUGGAUUAAUUCUGAUAAGUAAAACCAUGCAUCGAUCAGAUGAUCAUACCGCAAUUUGUACGUGCAAAUGCACAUACGCCACGAUUCAAAUGUAAUGCAGCAGUGAAUUCUACGAUAGAAGCCCAAAACCGCGAAAUCAGGGUUUCAGAUUUGAAGGAAACGAAGAAAAAUGGGGUUGAUGUCGGGGAUGGUGAUGGGGAUACUGUUUGGAAUCGCGUUGAUGGCGGGUUGGAAGCGCAUGAUGAACCGCCGCAGCGAUAAGCGAAUCUCCAAGGCAGUUGAUGUAAAACAAGUGAGCGCGCUGAACAGGGAUGAUCUGAAGAAAAUCUGCGGCGACAACUUUCCGGAGUGGAUAUCGUUUCCUGUUUUUGAGCAGGUGAAAUGGCUGAACAAGCACCUGAGUAAACUCUGGCCAUUUGUUGCAGAUGCUGCAGAGGCUGUCAUACGAGAUUCUGUUGAACCAACAUUGGAAGAAUAUCGGCCUCCAGGGAUUUCUUCAUUGAAGUUCAGCAAAUUGUCCCUAGGAACUGUGGCUCCCAAAAUUGAAGGAAUUCGAGUUCAGAGUCUUAAAGAAGGUCAGAUUACUAUGGAUAUUGACUUCCGUUGGGGUGGUGAUCCUGACAUUAUUCUAGCUGUUGAGGCAGCACGCAUUGCUUCUAUACCCAUUCAGUUGAAGGAUCUGCAGGUUUUUACUGUGAUCCGUGCUAUAUUCCAGCUUACAGAUGAAAUUCCUUGCAUCUCUGCUGUUGUUGUUGCUCUACUGGCUGAGCCAAAGCCACGAAUCGAUUAUACUCUAAAGGCUGUUGGUGGGAGUUUAACAGCUCUUCCAGGGAUUUCAGAUAUGAUUGAUGAUACUGUUAAUUCAAUUGUAACAGACACGUUGCAGUGGCCGCACAGGAUCGUUGUUCCUAUUGGUGGGAUGCCUGUAGAUACAAGUGACUUGGAACUUAAGCCUGUGGGAAAAGCUACAGUGACUGUCGUUAAGGCAACUGAGCUGAAAAACAUGGAGUUGCUCGGAAAAUCCGACCCCUAUGUUGCUUUGCACAUACGUCCGCUGUUUAAAGUCAAAACAAAAGUUAUAGACAAUAACUUGAAUCCUGUUUGGAAUGAAACAUUUGAACUAAUCGCAGAAGACAAGGAGACGCAGUCUCUCAUUUUCGAGGUAUUUGAUGAAGACAUUGGGGACGACAAGCGUCUCGGGGUUGCAAAGCUGCCUCUGAUUGAACUGGAAGCUGGAAGAUCCAAACAGAUUGAGCUGAGUCUGCUCCCCUCACUUGAUAUGCUCAAAAUCAAAGAUAAAAAAGACAGAGGAUCUCUCACAGUUGAGGUGAGAUAUCAUGAAUUCACCAAGAAAGAGCAGUUGAGUGCCCUCGAAGAAGAGAAGAGAAUGUUGGAAGAGAGACAUAAACUGAAAGAAGAAGGGGUGCUCGAGAGCACGGUGGAUGCUGUUGAUGAGACGGCAUCAGGUGCUGGCGCGCCUGUGGGCGCUAAAGCUGGUCAUGUUGGGGGUGGCUUCGCAGCCGUUGGCAGCGGCCUGCACAAAGCCGGGAAGUUCAUGGAGCGGACCAUCGCGGCCCACACCGGUGGAAACAAGAAGGGCGGCGCCACCACGCCCGUCAACUCCAUCCAAGAAAAUGGGGGUGCUAAGCCACGAUCAACUUGAUUCUUCAAUUCUUGCCUCAUUUUUCUCUCUUUUUUUUCAAUCAGGUUUGUGUAAAUCCCGGCUUCUUGAUCGUGUUCACUUUGAUUUGGCAUGAAUUUCCUACUUCUUUUGUCGUCUAUGUAUUUCCUAGUUAGUCUGGUUUUGCCCAUGUAAACUUUGAUUUAAUUGAUUGACAUAUAGUCGUAUACAAGGAAGUUUAUCAAUGUAGUUUAA